AUGGCCUGCUGCCUUUCCGAGGAGGCAAGGGAGCAGAAACGUAUAAAUCAAGAAAUCGAAAAGCAAUUGCAACGUGAUAAACGUAAUGCCCGACGUGAACUCAAACUUCUGUUACUUGGUAAUACGCUAUUCUUUACAUUGUUAGGCAUUCUUGAUGACUGCUGCCUCAAAUUUUUUGCAAGUAAUCACUUGCAAAAAAAGCCGGAACUCGUGGAAAUUGAAUGUUUCAUUGUUUGA